GCAAAUAAUGCAUACAGAUAGCGAACUUAAAGUUAAGAAUAGAAGUCGAAAGGGAACCAAAUCGAACACUAAGAGCAAGUUUGUAGGGGUGAGGCAGAGACCUUCGGGAAAAUGGGUUGCUGAAAUAAAAAACACGAGUCAAAAGAUAAGGAUAUGGCUUGGAACAUUCGACACAGCCGAAGAGGCUGCUCGUGCUUACGAUGAAGCUGCUUGUCUCCUUCGUGGUUCAAACACACGAACCAAUUUUAUCACUUCCGAUAACACCAACUCUGCCUUGUCACGCAGAAUCAGAAACCUCGUUAACCAGAAAAAGAAACUCAUCAAUAGCCCCCAGUUCGGCCCAACUCUUCAUACUACCUCUUCAACUGAUAAUGUUGCUGAUUCUAGCUUGGUUAUCAACCAAACUGUCAAUUUUACCAGCCAAAUGGUUAAUGGGAAUGAAUACCUGCCUGAUGUGACUCGACAAUUUGAUUACUCUUGGGCAUUUCCGCAGCAAUUUCCUCCUCCAAUUCCUGUCGAUUUGGGGGUAUUUACGGCAACAUUGCCAGAGGCUCAACAGGUGAACAAUGCAAAUGAGGUAGCGAUGCUUGAAUUCGAGCGUAUCAAGGUAGAGCGACAGAUAUCAGCAUCAUUGUAUGCCAUGAAUGGAGUGAAUGAUUAUCUGCAGAGCAUUUUUAGUGCUCGCGACUCUGUUGAUCUUCCUUUAACUCCUGCCUGGGAUCCGCCAAUGUUUUAUCAUAAUUUUUGUCUUGGUUGAUGAAUUUACUUCAUUUUUAUUUUGCUACGUCAAACAAAUGCUUUUCCCUUUUAAACCAUGUUUUGUUCUUAUUUUGAUUUGAUUCAUAUGUAUAGCUACCGGAAGACCACAACAAAUUAGUGUCUCCUUAAAAAUGUCAAAGACUUUUGAU